UCCAUUGCUAUUUUUGUAACUACAGUACUUACAGCAGCAAUCUGGUUUCUUGUCAGCAUUUUGUAAAGAAACCGUAUUCCGAGCAAUUUAUAUGCAUAAUAAAUACAACAGUAAAUUUUUUGUCAUUCUUUUCUGUUCACUCAUAUGCUACUUCGGCGGAAAUGAAAAUUUAAUUUCCGUGUAAUUUCUUGUUACCUAUACUCUGUAGUCUGUACAUACUUCUACAGAUAUGUAGCAGAAAAUGCAGAAUUAAUAAUGUACGUUAAGUAAUAAAAUUGAACGUUAAAUCGUCGCUAUUGUACGUUAAUCAACGGAGCAGCAGCACCGUGGGCGGUCGCAAGUAGACAAAAUCCGCAAUUUCCAAAACGAACAUGUGGAGAUUUAUUUGAAAAUCAGGGAAUAUUUCAAAUGCUGGAAUGUUGUUGUUGGCAGUGCUGAGCAUGUUGCGCGGAAUGUUGUAGCUCGUAGGAAGACUCUGUAAGAACAGUAGAGGAAGAUUGGAGAGUGGAGUGCUGUGAUCUGGAAGGUGGUGUCAGUGUUUUUCGUGAUCGUCUGAAUCUUGGAGUGAGACGUAGUUGAAGGCUGGAAGCUGAUCCUGACAGGGACGCGUUGUUGCUGCUGUUGAAGAAUUGGCGACGUUGGAUUGCUGCUGCGACUGCGUGGAGCCAUGGCCUGCGGGAAGAGCUGGAGGGCGGUGCAGUGGGCACGGCGCAGUGUGCACACGACGGCGCUGCGUCGUCCGCAGCACCUCUGCGACACCGAGCCCCAGACCAUCGCGCAAGUGCGCGACCAGAUGAAGUCGUUGGUGGGCUACGAGGGCAUCUUCGGGACGCAGGGCCCCCGGCCCGACCGCUCGCAGCUAGCCUCCUACCUGGCGCACUCCCAGGCCGAGCUGCCCCCGCGGCGCCUCUUCGACAGCUACGACGAGGCCGUGAUCCCCCUGGGGCGCGACCUGGAGGUGCGCGAGCAGUACCACAACGCCUUCCACCGCGUCCGCUUCGGCCGCCUCCUCGAGGACCUCGACACCUUUGCCGUGUGGCUGGCGUACAAGCACACCCUCCUCCCGCGCAACCCCGACCCCUCCCGCUCCCCCUUCGGCAUCGUCACCGGGAUGGUCGACCGCAUCGAUAUCGAGAACCGGCAGCUGCCGACGGACCAGGACAUGCGUCUGCGCGGCCUAGUCUCCUACGUCGGCCAGUCCUCCGCCGAGGCGCUCGUCCUCAUGGAGCAGAAGAAACGCGACGGCCCCGGAUGGGACCACAUUCUCGAGGCCCGCUUCGUCCUCGUCGCGCGCGAUCCCGUCCACUCCAAAAAAGCCAUCCUCAAUCCGCUGCAACCGGAUGGCGACGAGGAGCAGGCCCUGUACGAUGACGGUCAAGCCAGCUACACGGCGCGGAAGCAGUGGGCGGAGGACUCGCUGUUCAAGCUGCCGCCGAACCCGGAGGAGAGCCGCAUCAUCCACGACAAGUUCCUGCAGACCGUCGACCCCAAGGAGUCGGUGUUCUCGGUGCGCGUCAAGCCGGCCAACUCGGUGUGGAUGGAGGAGGCGGUGCUGAAGAACGUGCACAUCUGUCAUCCGCAGAACCGCAACAUCCACGGCAAGAUCUUCGGCGGCUUCCUCAUGCGCAACGCCUUCGAGCUGGCCUGGUCCAACGCCUGGCUUUACGGCGGGUCGCGGCCGAACGUGCUGAGCGUGGACGACAUCAAGUUCAAACGGCCGGUGGAGAUCGGCUCGCUGCUGAUGAUGUCGGCGCGGCUGGUGUUCACGGAGGGCGCGGACAUGCAGAUGCGCGUGCACGCCGAGGUGAUCGACCCGGCCACCCGCAAGAUGGAGACCACCAACACCUUCUACUUCACCUUCCGCGCCUCCUCCGGCGCCCCCGUCCGCACCGUCCUCCCCAAGUCCUACGCCGAGGCCAUGCUGCAGCUCACCGGCCGACGGCACUACGCCGCGUCGCGCCACCACCAGCGAUUAUUGCAGGCGCAGGAGAAGACCGUCGCGCCCCACUAAAAUGACCAUUAACCGAGGCAAAAUAUUUACGGAAUUUAUUAACGGUUAACUUUCCACUCCGGCGUCUUGGCUUCCCCGUGAACUGUGCUGUGCUGUGAAAAUGUUCAUGUUGAUCCCAUUGUAAGCGAGCGUGGAUUACUGUUAAUUUUUGUGGUGUGUUAAUUUAUUCCCGGCGGAAGAGAGUCGAGAAUGUAAGUGACUAAAUGCUUUUUGUGAUGGUUUCUUUUAUUUGACAUAAUAUGGUUAAAAAUUCUUCCGACUGUUCAUAUGAUUAGUUUCAUUGACAGUGGAUAGAUUUUGGCAGUGUAGAAAAAAACAGUUGAUUAAACUGGUGACGUGAUGGGAUGAUAGUUGGCGGUC